UAUCGUUUCUAUAGUGCUCGGUUCUCUAAUGUAAACUGCGUUAAUACUUAUCCUUAUGCAAUCCUGACAAACUAGUCAAUCACAACGAGUAAAGUAUUAUUCCCGACAGCCUCGCCUGCCUAAUCCGUUCUUUCGAUCCGUCAAUCUGUCCUGCUCUGCUUAGAUUCCCCUCCCUGAUGUGCUUACUCUUAUCCUUCUCUCAACUACUACCUAGUCCUCCAGCGGACAGACACAUAGUCUUCAGGCUGACAUCUUCAACACACCCUCUUCCUCUUAUAAUCAAUCCAACUCGUCUCUCCUACCCUCUUCUCAUCUCAAACUCAGCCAAGCCAGUUUUUAAACUCAACCCACAUAAUCUCGAAACCCAAAAUGCGUCCACCGAUGGCACCAUCAGAAGCACAGAAGCCCAACAAUUCCCCAAACGGAUCCGCAUCUACAUCCACCACGAACGUGAGAAGAAAAGUCCUGAUGGAGUUCUCAUCCCUCCAUCCGUGCUCUGCAUCGAUGGAUGAUGAUGAUGAGGAUAAUAGUAUACAAUCAUCGCAAGAACAUACCGAAUCCUCCCCGGGGAUGCAUCCAAUCUCGCAUUCACACUCUCAUCCAUUGUCAUCGUCGUCGUCGUCUUCAACACCUACUCAGACGCAGACUCGAUCCGUCGAUCAUGCUAAUCGGAACUACGCGAAGGGCCCAGAACACGAGUCAACACCCACAACCACCGCCCCCAGUAUCACAGCUAGAUUCAGAUCGAAAUCAAAGUCGAAAGCUACGACUGCACAUGUUAACUUCCUUGACGAAGAGAUCAAUGAGCCUGCUCCAUAUACGAUCACGAACGGGAACAGAAGUACAAAAGCCGAUAUGAAUACAACUGAAGAAAGAACCACUCUUGGUCCUCGCAGCCGGGAUCUCUCUCUUAGUGAGAGUGAAAUCAGUCUGCUCGAUUUGGGUCCGAGUCUUGUGUAUGGGGAUGAUGGGUAUAUUCCCUUGUCUGGGGGUAGAUUUGGGCAUGGGCAGGGUGGUGGUGUUUCGGUGGUGGGGAGGGGAGGUGCAGGGUUUACACCUGGAGUGAGGGAGUAAGCAUAGCUCGUUGGUGGUUCUGUUGUAGAUGGAUGGAGUUUAUGGUCUCUUAUUCGGUCGGGUCUGUGGGAUAGAGGAGUUGUUCCGGUUUGUUAGAAUAGUGUAGAGUACGUUGCUUUCCUUCUGCUUCUUUGUACUAUGGAGAUGAGUAUUCGCGG